UCACCCCCAUGUAAAUCAUUAAAGUUUAGUGUUAUUGUAAAAGUACAUUUCAAAAGGUUUGCUCACGUCAUGCCCACAAAUCAACAAUGAAUUCCAAACAAUAUUGUUUGCACUGUAAACCCGGAUUUUGUUUCUAAUUAAGCUUACGAGUGAUCAUUACUUAUUCUUUUAUGUUUAGUAAAAACCUGCUAUCAUUACUAAACAACAUUAGUUGUUUGUACUAAUUAGCUGACAAAUUCAUUGCACUAAUCAUUUUUAGCACAGAUAACUCGGUAUGUUUACUUUUGGAAGAAAGGGGAGGGGCUAAUUCAAAAAGCUGCCUGGUCACGUGACCAGACCAACGUCUAACGUGCGUCCAAGGGGCUCUUCACCUGGCGGGACGAGCACAGGCAUCGGCAGCAGACGGAAUCCAAGAAAGCAACCUUACCACCUCGAAGUGGAAUGGUUAGUAUGUAAAAUAACUAUUGUAGCCUAGUUAUCUUUGUGGGAAUGUUUAAUACCCAAAAGCUUGCAGAUAAUUUGACGCAGCUUUUAUUUCCGUCUAAUGUUGUUGUUUGAACCUGUGCAUGGUGUAAAUACAUGCUUAUUGCUAAAACUCGCUAGCUAGCUACUCAAAAAGUGUUAGCUGAACUUAAAGUUAACUUAGUGUUAACAGUGUGAGGACGGCUCACAUACCGUUAGUUUGUUCGACUGUAUCACUUAUUCAACCGCCAUUUUACGCAAUAGAAAAACGAUUCAACCGCUGUCGGGGCAAAUUACAUCUGCUGUGGAGGUGUUUAGCUACACCCGAGCUACUUGCAGCCAUUGAUUCACUGGCCGCUCUCUUUUCCCCCCUCACUCUCUACACACUGGCUGCGUAGCGUGUCUGUUUAUAGUUAAACGGUUAGAGCUUACACACUGCCUGCUAGAAACAGGACCGACGGCUAUUUCACGCCACACGCAAGCAUUGGAAGCGUUUCCAGGCUACAUUUUAUAUGAAAAGAUAUAUUAGUAUAUUUCAUUUAAUAAAUGGCAUGUUGAUGUUCGAAGUCUCGAGUUUAUGACAUAAAUGCAGAUAUACAAAUGUAAUUUAAAAAACAAAAAGAUGAUCGAUUUUCGAUGUACAGAAUGCAAUAUACUGUAGUGUAUUUACCGUCAAUACUUGUCUUUGUCUUUGCUGUAAUAAAAUCAGUAUAUAUUUAUGUGUAACAUGAAGUAUACUGCUUGAGUGCAGUAAAUCAAUGGGAACCAUGCAUGUGUCCAGACAAGGCUAGCAGCAGCAGCGCCACGUCAGACACUUUUCUGGUGUGAAAAGACAGAAAAAUCCACGCGGCUGACAUGCAACAGAAAUGCCACCGCGGCAGUGUGUAACCGGCCUCACACACGCUUGUUUACAUGCCGGUUUUCUCUGUAACACAGAUUCUUGUGGUGUGAGGAUGCUGUGGAAGUGCAGCCCUGGAGGCCUGUAAAGACUUGGUUGAUGAAAUGCAGAAAAGAACACCAAACGGACCUCUUGUGAAACAGAAGAUGGAUCAGACGUUUGCUCUGAGAAGAAAAGAGGUAGUGGAGUCGGAACCUGCCAUAAGCACGAUGGUGAGACGCUGGCCUGCCCUUUUCACUGAAGAUCAAGUCUUCAUGGAGUUCAGCAGGAUUGUGGGCAAGAACCUCAAGACGGAAUUCUAUGAGAGCAUCGACCGGCACAGUCCUCGUCUCCUCGAGUUAUUUGGAUCCAAGAGAGGGAAUGUUGGACAGUUGUUGACACAUAUUUUACAACAGACCAAUACUACAGAGCCAACUGCGAUCCGGACACAGGUGCUCAGAGGGCUUCCUAUCAUCCUUGGGGACAACCCCACAGACUUCUUCAAAGCAGGCUUUGAAUCUGACGAUGACGAUUCUUUUCGUGACCCAGACAUUGGGAUACUUCUUAUUGAGCGUGAAGGUGCUGUGCUCACAUCUUCCCAGCAUCUCAGUCCAGCCUCGUUGGAAAUCAUCAUUGAGGGAGAAGUCGUGAUGGACAACAUUCAAGAUCUGCCAAAAGCAAUGUGCAUUCUGUUUGGACUCAUGUAUGCACUCCAUCUUAACUACCCCAAGACUAUGAAGCUCACAUUUCAGUUCAUCCAACAGGGAGCUCCAAUGCGGGAUGAUAAAACCGCUGGACUUCAUCCAUUUGGAGGAUACGAACCCAACUGCUUCUUAUCUUUCAAACUUUUCCACAAAAAACCCCAUCAAAAGCUGAUUCAGAAUGAUGAAGGACAGAAAUGACCAAAUGCAUUUAUCUAUUCAGGCCCAAUUAUCUUCUUCAUGGAAUCAUGAUCUCACAAUCCCCAAAUACACGAGUGAGAACAUAGAUGAUAUAUUCACUUUGUAAUUCUACAGAGAAGUCACAGGGGUUUUCCUCCAAUGUCAACACUUUUCUGGGACUUUCAGUAUCCUCCGUUUAAUUUCUCGGCCUCACCCAAAGACGUUUUGUGUGCGUUUGUGUGUGUGUGUGUGUGUGUGUGUGUGUGUGUGUGCAUUGGGAGGGAGGUUCUUUUCUUAAUAGUAUGUAUUUGAGUCUAUGUAAACUUUUGAGUGUAUUUAUUAAUAAUACUACUUUCCUGAUCAGGUGUACCAGCGUUUGUUGAAUAUGUUAACAAUAAAUUACGUUGCUUUGUC